CGCGGGAGGACGGGCCCACCGGCCGACGGCUGAGGCGGCCCCCGCGAUGGAAACCCACUAUUACAGCGGGGACCAGUCGGAUGACGGUGGUGCCACCCCAGUGCAGGACGAGCGGGAUUCGGAGUCCGACGUGGAAGACGAUGGAAACGACCAGCACUCGGGAUCAGAAAAUGGGAGUUUGGAACGUCAUUCAGAGAAUGAGCAGAGUGACAGAGAAGACGAUGGGCGCACCCAAAGCCACCACAUGACAGACUCGGAAAGCGAGGACCCUCCGCGGCAUAAAGACAGUGAUUCAGAAAACGAGGACCCUCCCAAUCACAAUAACAGUGAUUCUGAAAAUGAGGAGACCCUCAGGCCUAAGGACAGUGAUUCUGACAUCGAGGAUCUUCCAGAUCAGCCCGCCAGCGACUCCGAAAACGACGACCUCAUUCAUCAGGCAAGUGACUCAGAGAACGAGGAGGCCCAGAAACCGCCUCCGAGCGACUCGGACAUCGAAGACCCUCUGAACGGCCACGCGAGCGACUCCGAGAAUGAAGAUAUUCCCAAGCACCCCACGAGCGACUCUGAAAAUGAGGACCUCCAAAGAGGCCACGCCAGCGACUCGGACAACGAGGACCUCCAGAAAGGUGCCGCCAGCGACUCGGACAACGACGACCUCCAGAAGGGGCCCGCCAGCGACUCGGACAACGAGGACCUCCAGAAAGGUGCCGCCAGCGACUCGGACAACGACGACCUCCAGAAAGGUGCCGCCAGCGACUCGGACGACGAGGACCCUCAGAAGGGGCCCGCCAGCGACUCGGACAACGAGGGCCUCCAGAAAGGUGCCGCCAGUGACUCUGAAAUUGAGGACGCUCCCAAACCCGCCAGCGACUCCGAAAACGAGGAGCCCUCCCGGCAGCCUGCGAGUGAUUCGGAAAACGAGGAGCCACCAAAGCGCCAGGCCAGUGAUUCGGAAAACGACGAGCCCCCCAAGCCCCUAGCCAGCGACUCGGAAAGCGAGGAGGCUCAGAAGAAUCACCUCAGUGACUCGGAAAACGAAGCCCUUUCCAGGCACGGGCAAAGAAUUGAGUCCGAUGAUGAAAGCGACAGAGAAAACAAAAGCGAGGCAGUAGAAAUGGUCAGCGAUUCUUACCGUUCUGAUAGCCGGCCAGAGCAAAAAACUCUUAACACCUCUGAUAGUGAAGACGAAGAGCCAAAGAGGCAGAAAAUUGACAGUGACGAGGAAGGGGGGAAGGAGGAGGAGAAAGUAGCGAAGAGGAAAGCUGCCGUUCUUUCGGACAGUGAAGAUGAGAAAACAUCCGCAAAGAAGGAACGCAUUGUGUCAGACGCGGAGGAUUCUGCCAGUGAUGCAGCAUCGGAGAAAUCCGACCAAAGAAAUAAAAAAGCCGUAGCAUCGGAGAGCGAAGUGGAAGAGGGUAAAGGGGAGUCCGGCAAGAAGAAUGAAGAAAAAGAUCUCUUUGGGAGCGACAGCGAGUCAGGGAACGAAGAAGAGAACCUGAUUGCCGAUAUAUUUGGAGAAUCUGGUGAUGAAGAGGAGGAAGAGUUUACUGGUUUUAACCAGGAGGAUUUGGAAGAAGCGAAAGGUGAAGCACAAAUGAAAGAGGCAGCAGAUGAUUCAGAUUCUGAUGACAACAUAAAAAGAGGGAAACAUAUGGACUUCAUGUCGGAUUUUGAGAUGAUGUUGCAGCGAAAGAAGAGCAUGAGUGGCAAGCGCAGACGAAACCGCGACGGGGGAACCUUUAUUAGUGACGCAGAUGACGUCGUUAGCGCCAUGAUUGUUAAGAUGAACGAAGCGGCUGAGGAAGACAGACAGCUGAACAAUCAGAAAAAACCAGCUCUGAAAAAAUUAACUUUAUUACCAACUGUGGUGAUGCAUCUGAAAAAGCAGGACCUGAAAGAAACGUUCAUUGACAGCGGCGUGAUGUCAGCGAUCAAAGAGUGGCUUUCGCCCUUACCCGACAGGAGUUUGCCAGCGCUAAAGAUUCGGGAAGAGCUCUUGAAGAUCUUACAGGAGCUACCUAGUGUGAGCCAGGAGACCUUGAAACAUAGUGGAAUUGGUCGUGCUGUAAUGUACCUCUACAAACACCCCAAAGAGUCAAGGCCCAACAAGGACAUGGCUGGAAAAUUGAUAAAUGAGUGGUCUCGGCCAAUAUUUGGCCUCACCUCCAAUUACAAAGGGAUGACGAGAGAAGAGAGGGAGCAGCGAGACCUGGAGCAGAUGCCUCAGCGACGCCGCAUGAAUAGCGCCGGUGGUCAGACGCCUCGCAGAGACCUGGAGAAAGUGUUGACGGGAGAGGAAAAAGCCCUUAGGCCGGGAGACCCCGGAUUCUGCGCUCGCGCCAGGGUGCCCAUGCCCUCCAACAAGGAUUACGUUGUCAGACCCAAGUGGAAUGUGGAAAUGGAGUCACCCAGGUUUCAGGGCUCCUCAAAGAAAGGGAUCAGCCGGCUGGACAAGCAAAUGCGGAAAUUCACCGACAUCCGGAAAAAGAGCAGAUCGGCCCACGCGGUGAAAAUCAGCAUCGAAGGCAAUAAGAUGCCAUUGUGACCCCUCGAAGGAUACCUCCGCCCCUGCCGUGAGGCGUGCGCCCUUGGACUCUGUUUAGAGAACGUACAGUUUUUUAAAUAUUUUUUUUAGCGUUACCUGUAAAUGGUUGGUUCGGACUCUGUAAUACAAUGCCGUCUGAAGACCGAAGAUCCGAGGAUCCGUUGUAUUUAAGCCGUCCCGCCGUGUACUUUGUACAGACGAACCGCCCGCCGUCCCGCCACAAACUUUAGAGAAUAAAUCCCCCCCCUUCUA